GGAGUAUUUUCUCAGUUUGGUCCCAUUCUGUUGGUGUUGAAAGUAAUCCGGUGGUUCUUUUGAUCUUUUUGGGGAAGACACUUGAGGCCCAGAGCCCAGAGGAGCCUGAUAAAUAAUUUUGCACAAUUAAAUAUGAAAUAGGUAUAGGGGAGUAUUUCUUAAUCUGUAGUUAGAUAUGCACUGCUUCAGCUCUGAGAGAAGCAUCCUGCACUCCUGUCUCCCCACUUCCCUUUGUCUCUCACAGGUGAAAGAAGGAUGCCGGCAAGACCUCCUCCUCCAUCUCUUCAUCCUGGUGGAGGGGAAGCAGCGGCUGAGGAACCGGAUCAGAGCUCAGUUUCUUUUGAAGAUGUCGCUGUUCGUUUCACGGCUGAGGAGUGGGCGUUGCUGGAUCCUGCCCAGAGAGCUCUGCAUAAGGAAGUCAUGGAGGAGACUUGGAGGACCAUGAUCUCUCUGGGUGGUGAUGAAUUAGAAAUUAAGAAUAAGGGACAACAGGACAAAAUCCACACAGUGGAGAAGCCAUAUCAAGAUUUGGAGUGUGGAGAGAACUUCAGUCAGUGCUUGGAAUGUGGAAAGAGCUUCAAUCACAGCUCACAGCUCAAAGAGCAUAAAAGAAUUCAUUCAGGGGAGAAACCAUAUCAGUGUUUGGAAUGUGGAAAGUUCUUUACUACAAGCAGAUACUUACGUCGACAUCAGAGGAAUCACAGUGGGGAGAAACUGUACCAGUGCUUGGAAUGUGGAAAGAGCUUCUCCAGGAAGGAUACUCUCACUUCCCAUCAAAGAAUUCAUACAGGGGAGAAACCAUACCAGUGCUUGGAAUGUGAGAAGAGCUUCAGUUGGAAAAUUAGUCUUACUUCCCAUCUAAGAAUUCAUACAGGGGAGAAGCCCUAUCAGUGCUUGGAGUGUGGGAAGAGCUUCACUCGGAAAAUUAGUCUUACUUCCCAUCAAAGAAUUCAUACAGGGGAGAAGCCAUAUCAGUGCUUGGAAUGUGAGAAGUGUUAUGCUUCAACAAAAACGUUAUGGCAACAUAAGAGAAUUCACACUGGGGAGAAACCAUUUCAAAGCCAAGAGUAUGGAAAGAGAUUCACCUUCAAGGAAAAUCUCACUUCCCAUCAAAAAAUUCAUACAGGGGAGAAACCAUAUCAGUGCUUGGAAUGUGGGAAGAGCUGGAAGGAAAUCUCACUUCCCAUGAAAGAACUCACAGCGGGGGAAAUCCUGGAGUCAAGCGGACAGGAAAAGAAGGGGAAGCAGGCUGGUCCUCCCGAGCCCAAGCCCCGCCCUCCGCAGCGCCUUCCUUGCUCAAGAGGAAGGGAUCUGCCCGCUCUCCCCUGGGAUCUGAGUUCACUGUCCUUUGAAGACGUCGCUGUUCCUUUCCCGGGUGAAGAGUGGGUGUUGCUGGAUCCUGACCAGAGAGCUCUGCAUACGGAAGUCAUAAAGGAGCAUUGUGGGAUCAUGGCCGCUCUUGGUGGUGAUGAAUUGGAAAUGAAGAAUAAGGGAGACCAUGAUGAAAUUCACACAGGAGAGAAACCAUAUAAAAAUUUGGAGUGUGCAAAGAGCUUCAGUCAAAGCUCCCAAUCAACUUCCCAUCAGAAGAAUCCCAUUGGGAAGAAACCCUACCAGUGCUUGGAAUGUGGAAAGAGCUUUGGUUGGAGGGCUCACCUCACUGUCCAUGAAAGAAUCCAUACAGGGGAGAAACCUUAUCAGUGCUUGGAAUGUGGAAAGAGCUUCAAUCAGCAGGCCAAUCUCACUACCCAUCAGAGAAUUCAUACAGGGGAGAAACCCUAUCAGUGCUUGGAAUGUGGAAAGAGUUUCAAGGAAAGGGCCAAGCUCACUUCCCAUCAAAUAAUUCACACAGGGGAGAAUCCUUAUCAUUGCUUGGAAUGUGGAAAGAGCUUCAACUGGAAAUAUAAUCUCAUUUCCCAUCAAAGAACCCAUACAGGGGAGAAACCGUUUCAGUGCUUGGAGUGUGGAAUGAGAUUCAGUCACAAGGGAAGUCUCACUUCCCAUGAAAGAACUCAUAGCUGGGAGAGUCCACAUAAAUGCUUGGAAUGUGGAAGGAGUUUUAGUCAGGACUCCCAUCUCAUUUCCCAUCAAAUAAUUCAUACAAUGGAGAGACCGUAUAAAUGCUUGGAAUGUGGAGAAUGUUUUAGUCAGGAGUCCUUUCUCACUUCCCAUCAAAGAACUCACAGUGGGGAGAAUCAGAUUCCCCAAGAAUCAUUGGAUUGUUGCAUUGGAUUGGAUGGUGAGAGUCAUCUUCUCCAACCCCCUGCAAUGAAGGAUAUUCAACAAAAGAAUUCAUGACAGAUGGCCAUCAAACCUUUGCUUAAAAACCUUCCAGUUCAGGAGUGUCCCACACCACCUGAACUACUUUCUUUCACAGUCAAACAGUUCCUGCUGCUAGAAAGUUCCUCCUGAUGUUUAGUCAGAAUCUCCUUCCUUCUACCUUAAAUCCAUUGGUUUGGGUACUCCUUCACCAGAGUAGGAGAAACCAAGUUUGCUCCAUCUUCCAUGGCACAGCCCUUCGCAUAUUG